AUGAGCAGACCUCCGUAUAUCGACAUUGAUAACAUUAUAGCACAGCUGCUGAGUGCUAGGAACCAUCCAGGAAAACAGGUUCAGCUCCCAGAGGCACACAUAAGACAUUUGUGUAUAUUGUCGAGGGACAUCUUUAUGGAGCAGCCCAUGUUGGUUGAACUGGAUGCACCUGUAAACAUUGUUGGGGACAUCCAUGGUCAGUACGAUGAUCUGCUGCGCCAUUUUGAUUCCUGUGGGUACCCUCCGACUGCCAACUACAUUUUCUUGGGUGACUAUGUUGACAGAGGACGUCAAUCCUUAGAGGUGAUAUGUUUACUUUUGGCCUACAAGAUCAAGUACCCACAGAAUUUCUUCAUGCUGAGGGGGAAUCAUGAGUGUGCCUCCAUUAACAGGAUAUAUGGCUUCUAUGAUGAAUGUAAAAGACGAUACAACAUUAAACUGUGGAAAACCUUCACCGACUGUUUUAACUGCUUACCAGUGUGUGCUCUUGUAGACUGUACAAUAUUGUGCAUGCAUGGGGGUCUCUCACCUGAUCUUACCGAUUUGGACCAGAUUCGCCAGCUUCAUCGACCAAGUGAUGUUCCAGAUCAUGGUCUGCUGUGUGACAUUCUGUGGUCGGAUCCCGAUGAGGACAUUACUGGUUGGGGAGAGAACGACAGAGGUGUUUCAUACACAUUUGGGGGCGAUAUAGUCAAGGAGUACUUGAGACGGUUCAGCUGCAGCCUGAUUGCCAGGGCACACCAGGUUGUGGAAGAUGGUUAUGCAUUUUUUGAGAAAAGAAAGCUGGUAACAAUUUUUAGUGCUCCUAAUUACUGUGGAGAGUUUGAUAAUGCUGCAGCUGUAAUGAUCGUUUCUGAAGAUCUGACGUGCUCGUUUAAAAUUCUUAAGCCAGCAUCACUUGAGUCUUCAAAACCAAUUCCUGCAAAAGGCAAAGUAAGAUGA